UAACAUUCAGAAGCCUUUUGCACUGAUCCGCACUUGCUAAGUACCACGCAGUUUGCAUUAAAAUGUCGGGCGGUUACCACGGAAAACUACUCACACUUUUCAUACUUACACUUCUCACAAUAACAGCACAGGCUUUGCCAAAAUGUGAUCGAAAUGAUGAGGAUUGCCGUGAAAGAUUUAUGCAUCCUGACUUACCCAACGAACCACCGAAAGAUGUAGUAAAUUCCCGCGCUUAUGAAACUGAGAAAUCAAAUGAUUAUUGGCUUAAUCAAGGCAAAGAAUUCAUCAAGGAAAAACUAACAGCACAGUUAAAUACAAAACGUGCCAAGAACGUCAUUUUAUUUUUGGGUGAUGGUAUGGGCUUGACCACUAUUGCAGCCACACGUAAUUUACUUGGUGGCGAAGAAAAAAGUUUGGCAUUUGAAAAAUUUCCCUACACAGGAUUGUCAAAAACCUAUGCCAUAGAUAAAAUUGUUUCGGACUCUGCCUGUACUGCAACAGCUUACCUAUGUGGCAUCAAGGCCAAUGAAGGUACUAUUGGCGUAAACGGUCAUGUACAACGAGACGAUUGUUUAGCUAUGCAAGACCAAGAUAAUUAUGUUUACUCUAUUGCUAAGUGGGCUAUGGAUGUUGGUAAAUCAGCUGGUGUUGUCACAACAACCAGAAUCACACAUGCCUCGCCGGCAGGCGUUUAUGCACAUACUGCUGAACGUGACUGGGAAAAUGACAGUGAAUUGAAAGAAGACUGUGGUUCAGAUUCAACUGCACAGGAUAUUGCAUAUCAGCUUAUACACGGUGAAGUGGGUAGUAAACUAAAGUUUGUUAUGGGCGGUGGUAAAAAACACUUCAUUGACAGUAGCCUCUAUGAAAAAGGGGAACGUAGUGAUGGACGCAAUCUGAUUAACGAUUACAAGCAGCAAAAUGCUAAAAACUUGUACGUUGAAACGCAUGAGCAGUUGAUGAAUGCAAAUCUCGAUGAGGCGGAACGCGUAUUUGGGCUCUAUCAGGACAGUCAUUUAUUGUAUCAUUUGGAAACUAACGAAACUACAACACAACCAACUUUAGAAGAAAUGACACGGAAAGCAAUUGAGUACCUGAGCAAAAAUGAUGAAGGUUACUUUAUAUUCAUUGAAGGUGGACGUAUCGAUUUGGCGCAUCAUGAUAAUAUGGCACGCAUUGCAUUGGAUGAGGCUGUGGAGUUUUCCAAAGCAAUUGAUGCGGCACGCGAAAUGACAAGCGAAGAUGAUACAUUAAUUGUUGUGACUGCGGAUCAUUCGCACGCCUUCAGUUAUGCUGGUUAUCCGUACCGCGGAAGCGACAUUUUCAGUCGCACAGUUGCCACGCCUGACGACCAAAAACCAUUUUUAGUACUUAGCUAUGCAAAUGGUCCAAGCUAUGAUACAUUUUAUGACGUGGAAAAACAUGAACGCCGCGAUCCUUUACAAGUGUUAACAGGCGAUGCACAUGAUUCUUUUCCAUCAACGUUACCACUUGACUCUGAAACACAUGGUGGUGAUGAUGUGGCUGUUUAUGCUUCAGGGCCUUGGUCGCAUUUAUUCACUGGAGUUUAUGAACAAAAUGCAAUACCACAUAUGAUGGGUUAUGCUGCUUGCUUGGGUGAAGGAUUAAAAGUUUGUGACAGUCCUUAAUAGAGAAAUGAAAAUUGCUUUUAUUUUUCGUUUCAUAAAAUUUGUGUAUUAU